UUCGGCCUGGCCCUUAACAAGCCCAAAGCGAAGAGCAAAUUCUGCACUGAUGUUAGGGGUGAAGAAAGCGAAUCAUUAGAAGAGGCUCAAUCGUUCUAGGAGCGGCAAGAGAUCUUAAAAUCCACUGGAGAGGGCGAGGCGGAGUUCAAUAACAUUCUUCUUCUUCGUUUCUCUUUUGUACAGCGAAGAUAUUAUUUCUCCGAUAAAGGAAAUAAAAUGGCCGACGAUCCAGAGAAGAGGUUUUAUUCGAUCAUGGACAAGCUCUUCCAUUCUUCUAAAUCUACAACUCCCUUCUCCAGUAGUCCUCCGGCACCGGGAACGGGAGGACAAAGACAACUAUUACGGGCGAAGAAACGACCCGUUCCAUCGUACACUACAGCAGUGGAAAAGCCGCAGCACUGCUUAGCUGCGUCUGAAGCUCCACUUUGCAGACCAUGGGAUAGAGGAGAUCUUUUGAGGAGGUUAUCAACUUUCAAAUCCAUGACUUGGUUUGCUAAGCCCAAGGUAGUAAAUGCUGUUAAUUGUGCUAGGAGAGGUUGGGUCAAUGUAGAUAUGGACAUUAUAGCCUGUGAAUCAUGUGGAGCACGUCUCCUGUUUUCUACUCCAUCGUCUUGGAAACGGCAGCAAGUUGAGAAGGCAGCCUUGGUAUUUAGCUUAAAGCUGGAUAGUGAACACAAAUUGCUUUGCCCUUGGAUUGAUAAUACCUGUGAUGAAAGAUUGGCUGAAUUUCCUCCUUCUGUGCCUGCUGAUUUAGUUGAUAAAUUCCGGGAGAGAUCCGACUCACUCUUUCAACUUAUAGCUCUUCCUGUUAUUUCAUCUUUGGCCAUUGAAUUUAUGAGAAGCCCUCAGCUUGAACAAUUUCUCAGACAACCCUUAAUGCUGGAUUGUCUGAAAGGGAAUGCUGAAUUUUCUCAUUUAGAAAGGAUAGAAGAUGGUUCUGCAGUGGAUUCUGCCAUCUUGUAUUAUCAGGCUCAAAAGCUUUUAAGUCUUUGUGGCUGGGAACCACGUUCACUACCUUAUGUAGUUGACUGCAAGGAUGGUCAGAAUCAGUUUGUUAAAGAUGCUGAUAUUUUGAGUUCAUCCCAGGGAGUUGGUUAUGGACUAAAUUUGCAUCUCAGCUUCCGUCCAACUGAUGAAAAUGAGAAUUUGGAGGCAAAUAAAGGCUUUGAAAAUUCUUUUGGAUUGCAAUAUGAUCCCAAAUCUGUUGUUUUAGAUUGCAGGCUUUGUGGCGCGAGUGUUGGAUUAUGGGCUUUCUCCACUGUCCAACGGCCUGUAGAGUUAUUCAGAUUAUUUGGAUGCGAGGAAGUCAAUCCUGGAGUCCACGAUUCUGGCCAUGAAAGCGAUGUCUGUGAGGUUCCUUUUAAUAGUGGGUCAUCAUCUAUGGAGCAAUCUUCAAAUUCAAAAUUAACUAUAGCUGGGGGUCCUCCACCAACACGACAAAACUUUAAAGCAAGAAUCUAUGUACCUGUUAUUGGCGAGAGUUUAAGGGCUAGACUUUUGUAUCAUCCAGAGAUUAGAGAUCAGAUAUACAGUAAUCCAAAAAAUACUCUAGUAGAAUCCAAUUGUAAUAGGAUUCUGGGAGAAAUAGAUUGUUUCAAUAAUAGUGUUAAUCAGCUAGGUGUUCCGUUAGCGGACUUGAGAACUUUAAAUGGAAAAAAAGAUGGUCAAGUGAAUUGUAAUUCUAAAAGCAGUGAUCAGUCUCCUUGUUCAAACUAUGAUGUUUGUUCAGGAGAUGAUACUUUUAGAAACGUCACACCGUUGGAAGGAACCGACUUCACUGCAAAAGAAAAUUCUCCUUAUACUGGUAUAGAUGAUUCUAAUAUUGGGGGUCAAAUAGAGAGUUCGCAGAAUUUAGUCCUAGAUUCUUGCCAAAGUAAUAACUUUCCUGAAAAGGUAGACAAUGAUAGAACUUGCAACUUAGCAGUAAAGAACUCUGAUGCUAUGCUUGUUGGUGAGUCUUCUGUUAUGACUCAAGGUGCUAAUGUUUCCCCUAGAAAUGAAGGAGCUGAGGCUAAUGAUUCAUCAGUUAUGGUUACAUCUGAAAAGUACUAUCCAGAACAAAAUGCAGAACCAGAUAAGGUUUGUGAUAAAAAAAAUUGUUUUUCUAAUCGAGACUCUACAUGUGUUGCCUCUUGCUUGGAAGCUGAUGUAAAUGUUGAUGGCACAAAUAAGAUGAACUCCAGAGAAGACAAAACUUGUUCCAACAGCGAGGAAGGAGUGAUUGCUGAAGUCCAGGCUGUACAAAACAAUAAGGUCUUAUCCUGUCCCAAAGGAAAGGAUCUAAAGCGACUACAUAUGGAUAAAAUAUCAGAGUUUGAUCCGAUCAGGCAGCACAGGCAUUUUUGUCCAUGGAUUGCACCAAUGAGUGGUGGGGCACCUGGAUGGCAACAAACAUUAUCUGCUUUGCUUUAUGGGAAAGAUUUUCCUCAUUCUUCACCUGUGUGUUCUACUUCAACCGUCUCCAUGAUUAAGGUUGAUGAUCCCAUUGCCUCAGUUAGAAAGCUUUUCAUGUCCCCUACGGCCAAAAGAACUAAAAUCACUCGAGAAUGAAGCUAAAGUAGUAUUUGUACCUACAAGCAUUAUCGUGGUAUGCAUCAUGAAAGAGAUGGAAGAUUGAUCUCGCUCAUUCUGUAUGCGAAUACGGAAAUCACACAUAUCUUGGUUUCUACCAUGUGAAACAUAGAAAUAUAUUGUUGUAUCCAUUGGUGGGCUUUGUGAAAUAGUACUCCAGUUUGCAGCCAAAUUAUUGCCGAGACAGCUGAAAUUGAAUGAAUGAGUUUUAAAAGUCAAUUUUGGGGAGUUGGGAAAGUUUUAAGAUUUAAAUGAGUCGUUUAAUUUUAGAUGAUAGGAGUGGUAAGUGUUUUAUUUCCAAAAAAGAAAAGAAGAAAGCAUGCAUGCAUGCAAAUCGGAGUCCAUCAAGAUGAAGGCACAAUUUAUGAUGACCACCUUUGAAGCCUCUUCUUCAGCCACAUAAGAAGAGAUGACACAAAACUGGGGAUAAUUUGAACUGUUUGAGAAUGGAAAGGGGGGGGGGGGAGAUGAAAUGAAUGUUAGGGAGUAAUGGAAGAGGUUGCAGAGUUGCUGCUCCUCUCAUAACUUUUCUUUUCUGUGUUCUAAAUCUACACUGCGUUCAGAGAGUUCUGCUGCUUUUGCUUCA